AUGUGGGGUUCCAGCAGAUAUUUGUGUUACCCUGGAUGGCCCAGAGCCAGUUCCCUGGGUUCCAGUGACAGGACCUUGCUUUUAUGCUCCCUAGUGGAAGGAGAGGUUGGCAUUAGCCUCUCUGAACCACGUGGACUGAGAGAGGUUUGGGAGUCAGAUGCCAAAUUCCAUUUUGGAUGUCCCAACCAAAACCAGCUCUUAUCCCAAAACAGGAAGCAGAGGAAAAACCACACCAGCAAACUCCAUGAGCUGGCAUUGCUGCUACCUGUGGGCCUGAAGGCAGGUGGCAGGAAGCUCACCAAGAAGGAGAUUCUGCUGCACGUGCUGCACUACAUCCACUACCUGCAGAGAAGCAUCGCCGUGGCCAAGGCCUUGCUCAAGCUCCACGCCGCCGAUGGGAAAGGCGGACUUGGGGACCGCCAGACCCGGGCCCAGCACCCCCGCCGCUGUCUGGCCCUGGACAAGCUCAGGAAACAGGUGACCCCUUGUGCAGACCAGAAAGGAGGACAUGUGGGAGUGACCACCAUUCCUCCAAGAUGCUUCGACUCCUGCAUUCACCCCAAGGCUGCAUCGUCCCCACCUCAAGGUGACAUAAAGGGAGAAAGAUCCUGGCUGGCAUUGCCAGAUGUGGCUGAGGACAGCAUCCACUGUGACCUUUCAAGCUGCUAUUUCGGACAGAGAGCCCAGGACGAUGGGCAUUAUCCCACCUUUAAGGCCCAGCAAAGGGCUGAGAGGAUCCAUUUCCUCAAUCGGACACAGUCCUGUCCCAGGCAGAAGCUGGUGUUCUACGAGUCCAGCGAGGAAGCGGACAAGGAGUCCCCAGAUGCUGACCCUUGGCUUCCCACCUGCACCCCAGAGGGCGGCCACCACGGGAGCCCGCUAGCCUCGGGGCCUUCCCUGAAUGACACCUGGAGUGUGACUGGCCAUCCAACCGAGAUCCUAGGCCUUAGCCCUUCCUUCUUCAGCUCCCCUGGGAAACUGCUGCCAGAACAGAUCUUGGAGGAUGGCGCCGAGUACCUGACCCAAGAUCUCUUUGAAGAAGUGUUCUCAGAUCCUGUGUCUUCACCUUUUGCCUGCGUGCUCGAGGUACCACAGAAGGACACACCCUCGGAGGUCGCCAAAGAGCCUCCCCACUCCCACAGACUGUGCCGGUCCUCGGUCUCUCAGGACCACUGCUACCUCGUACUGAGCGACAGCAGCAAGGGGCCGUCCUCCCCCAGCUCCGAGGACUCGCACACCGACACGGACACAGAGUCGGUGUGGAAGCAGCAGCAGCAUGCUCAGGCCGACCACGAGGGCCCCAAGUCCUCCAGCGAGGAGGACGAAGACUACACCUGGACCCCCACCCGGCGGGCCUCGACCCUGCCCGUGGCCGGGAGGAAGACGAGGAAGGGCUGGACAGGCAGGGGCCCUGUGAAAUCCAAGAAGAAGAGGACAGUCCCCUGCUCCACGCAGAUGAAGAAAAAGUGUGUCAAUGGCUUCAUCAUGUUCUGCAGGAUGAACCGGAAACAGUACAUCCGAGCCUGCCCGGGGACCGCAUCCACAGCUGCCACCAAGGAGCUGGCCCAGCUCUGGCGAACGAUGACCCAGCAGGAGCGGAAACCAUACUGCGUCAAAGCUCGAAGGUUCAGCCGUCGGCACAACCGGAUCGUGAAGCAGGAGAGCUCCAGCAGCGAGGACGAGGACUGGGAGACCCCCAAGCCCUUCUACCAGCUGCUGGCUGAGAAGGCCCACUGUUGCCCAGAGCUGGCCUCUCAGCUGCCCCCUCGCCGUAAAUGA